UUUCCUUUCCUUAAUUGCUUUGCUUACAGGGAAUUUCUUCGUUUCUUCUUCUUUCAUCUCAAAAACACAAUUUCUCUAUCUUCUUUACUCUUCUCUCUCUUACGAAUUAUUGCCAUGGCUAAGAGCUCAUUCAAAAUGGAACACCCACUUGAAAGGAGGCAGGCCGAAGCAUCUCGCAUAAGGGAGAAGUAUCCUGAUAGAAUUCCAGUAAUUGUUGAAAGGGCAGAGAAGAGUGAUGUUCCUGAAAUUGAUAAGAAAAAGUAUCUUGUUCCUGCUGAUUUGACUGUUGGGCAGUUUGUGUAUGUGGUGCGGAAGAGAAUCAAGCUGAGUCCCGAGAAGGCCAUCUUCAUUUUUGUAAAGAACAUCUUACCACCAACGGCGGCAAUGAUGUCUGCAAUUUAUGAGGAAAACAAGGAUGAAGAUGGAUUCCUAUAUAUGACUUACAGUGGAGAAAACACAUUUGGGAAUGUGUUCUGAAAUAAAACAUGACAGCCAAUCAACUGAAUAGAACUCCAUAAAAAAUGACACGUGAAGAACUUAGCUUAAUUGUAAAUUCUCUGGAUUGAUGCUUUUAUUGUAAAGUUUAUUAUGUCCAUGGGAACUUAUUUGAAAAUUGUCGUAUUUCCUCAGUUCAAAAUUGCAAAAGUUUAAGGGUAUACUCGUUCAAUGUUCACAUCGUUAAUCUCUGACCUUUAUUUAUGAAUGAUGUCAUGCAAUUAUUAUUU